CAUAUCUCUCGCCGGAAAACUUUCCAUCUAGUCAAAAUGAGUCAACGACAACUACGAAGGCCCCAACAUGACCGGUCUUCCGAUCAAGAACCCGUUAGGUAUGGGGACGUAUUUGAUGUCUCAGGCGCAUUGGCAUCUCAACCGGUUGCACCACGAGAUGCCGCCGCCAUGCAGUCUGCGGAGAACCAAGUACUAGGAAAGAUGCAAGCGGAUGCCGCUGUGAUGAACUCCGCAGCAGCUGCCAACGAGAAAGCUGGCCUCGUCCGCCACGACCCGGGCACCGGUAUGGUCAGAAGGGAGGGCGUCUCUGUCACCAAAUCAAGAGAUAUUGACUUCGGUAACGUUGUGGUUACCAAAGCUGUUGGUGACCAGAUUGUGGGUCAACAUGCUCACCAGGAUGUGCCUCCACGGAGUCAAACAAGGACGGUUGAUCUGGAUGCCAAUGUUACCAUAGGAGAAGCUUUGGAGGCAACAGCCAUGUCUAUUGGGGAUAAACCUAUUGACCACAGCGAUGCAGCAGCAAUAGAAGCAGCUGAGAUGAGAGCAACUGGUGGUAAUGAGAGAAAGCAUGGUGGCCUCGGCACCAUGGCUAGGUCUGCAGCCAAUUUCAAUGUCCGUGCUGAGAAAGAUGAUGAUAGGAUCACCAUAUCUGAUCUCGUAUCAGAUGCUACCACAACACUGCCCUCAGAUAAGGCAGUGACACGAGAAGAUGCAGAGGGGGUGAUAGGUGCGGAGAUGAGAAACAAGGCGGAGGCCAGUACAACACCUGGUGGGGUGGGGGAGGCCAUGGCAGCAGCCGCAAGAGUAAAUUUAAAUGAGUCAGCAUGACGCAUAUAAAUCCUUUUUUUUUAGCUUCUGGAUAAAAAGCAUUUUCUGCUCCUAAGCUACCUUGCCUACAUAUAUACAGUGUAAUUUCCUUGGACUUGGUAAGCGACUACUGGUGUUAAAUUAAUACUGUGUGCCGUGUAGAGUGAAUUAUGUAUUGCAGUUAUAGCUGUGUAAUUUAAAUUUCAUUUCUUAUGUAUGCUUAAAAUGCCAAUCUAAGUUGAUCCAUACGCAAUAAACACCAAGGAGGUGU